AUGGAUGUAACGUUAAUCGUGAAAGCAUCCAACCAGCAAUGCGAGGACCUUACCAUCAAAUGCGAACCAUCCUGGACGAUUCGUCGGUUAAAGGGCCAUCUGACGGAAGUUUACCCCGGAAAGCCGAGCACCGAUGAACAGAAGCUGAUCUACUCCGGACAGCUGCUCAGCGACAGCGUGGUCCUGAAGGAUGUCCUUCGCCAGUACGAUGGUCAGCAGGCUCACACGGUGCAUUUAGUUUUCACGCCAAAGAACAGCUAUUACGGUGGCAGCAGUAGCAGCAGUGGUAGCAAAUCCAACAAUACCAACAGCAAGAUGGUUUCUAACGCCAGCACAUCAUCCUCCGCGGCAACGAAUACGGCCAGUAGCGCCAAUAGUAAUGCUGCCAGCAUUAGUUCGGAUGGCACCAGUGCAGCUUCCUACGCAAGAAACGCUCGAGACGGUGUGAGUCAGAUGGAAGAAACCGUAGUCGAUGGGGCAGGUGGUGAUGGUUUACGCCAACGAUCGGUUACGCAGGCAAGAUCUACAGCAGCGAGGAUGAACCCUCCGAGAACGUCACAAUUCGCAGAGCAAACGGCCGCCUAUCAAAGCUUUAUGCAGCAAACGUACACGCAGUACUUGAACCGAUACGUUAAUCUAAUUAAUGGACAAAACAAUGCGAACGCCCUAUAUUCUGCCUCGGGACUGCCAGGGGCAGCUGGAACUGCAGAAACGACGGUCCCCACAACCAUAAAUCCUCUCACUGGAUCGCAACCCUUUCCAGCUGUUCCAUUUGUGCCAGUGAUACCACCAACGACGAUGGCUGGCGGAUUCCCCAAUCUGGCGUACUACCCCUGCAUGACACCAGCACCCUACUUCCCCAGUGGGUUUCCUUCCGCCACCAACAUUCCGACUGCUCCGUCCGCUGCUGUAAAUGCUGGAAAUGUUCCAGCCGGUGUACUAUCAUCUUCAACACUUCCUUCUAGCUCCUCGGGUCCACCAACGAGCUCAUCGAUGGUAGCUGGCGAUACAAGUGCGACGACACCGUCGGCAACACCAUCGGAAACUGGUACCGAAACAGCUACCGCAGCAGCAGCAGCAACAGAACAAGGAGCACCACAGGAUGGAGCUCCAGGGGCAGGGGCAGGAGCCGCCGCAGCAGGUGCCCCUGCCCGUGCUCGCCGCUUUCCUAACAUUGUCGUCGAGGAGCAGGAAAAUAACGACUGGUUGGAUGUGUUUUUCAGCAUGUGCCGGGUAGGAAUUCUGAUCACGGUCAUCUAUCUUUAUUCGUCUCCGAUGCGCUGCCUGACGGUACUGUUUAUUGGUGUGAUGUUGUAUCUGAAGAAACAUCUGGAUCGUGUGUAUCAGGCGAUCGACAGACGUAUACCGCGAUUGCAACCGAAUCAGGAUGCUAACGCUGCCGCCGCUGCGCCACGUGAACAACAGCCAGUAGCAGCGGUCCAGCCAAACAAUAACGUACCUGACCGAAACCCGACCGAACAGCCGCAGCGACCGCACGCGGCUGAUGUUGGUGCCUCUGGUGUGGAAAACGUUUCCAAAACGACCAGAAGCAGUGAAACGGAAAACACUACUGUCGGUGCUGGGACAUCAGGCAGUCAGGGAAGCAGUAGUGAUAGUACUAGUAGUAGUAGCAACGAAGCAUCUACCAGCAGCAGAACGAUUAUGCCACGUCCACGAACCGGCUCGAUCGGUCGAAAUGCCGAAACAACCGAAAAUGCGGUUCUGGAUGGAGAGCAGCAGCAGCAGCAGCAGGCUGAACGAAUGACCGAAGGAGAUACAGCAACUGCGGAAGAACCUGCUGCCGAAGGUCAGAGGAUGACAUUCAACGAUAUGACGUCCUUCCUCGGUACGUUGGUGAUAACGUUCUUCACUUCCAUCAUUCCCGACACGCCUGCAGCAUAA